UUGCUUGAACCCGGGAGGCAGAGGUUGUGGUGAGCCGAGAUGGUGCCAUUGCACUCCAGUCUGGGCAACAAGAGCGAAACUCCAUCUCAAGACUAUGGCUCAGAGGAAGAGGCAUUGAACUUGGAACUGGGAAUGAACUGAAAGUGAAUUUCAGCAUGCGAUAUGCAUAGAUCAUUCUUUGCACAAGCCACAUCUUUUAGUGGCUCCACAUGAACUUAUCAAGCUAGGUCAUAAGUUUACCUAGAUGACACAGGCUUUGAAUACCAACCUUAGGGAUUUGGACUAUAGGCGAAAUAAUAUAGGGAAAACAUUAUUGUAGGAAAAUAAUCCUUUGGAGUCAUCUAGGAUGGAUCACGAAGAGGAAAAGUCAAGAGGCAGAGGCAAGAAACUCAGUUAAGUCAUUUUAGUGUUUCAGACUGCUGCAGUGAUGAAAACUAAACUGAGUGCCAUUAGAACAGAGGAAGGGAUGAUUUCUUGGAAACUCAUAUACUCAUUAAUGGAUUAUUUGUACACAGUGGUUUUUAAGUGGAAUUUAGUUUAAAACAUCACAAAAAUUACCCAUUUUUAAAAUUACUUUUAUGAUACAUUCAGGAAUUGUAACACACUUCUUUUAUAAAAACUUUCAAUUUCUUCUCAAAAAUUUUUGGUACAGAAGAUACUCAGUGUUUCUGUAUCUUAUUACAUCUUCAUGGUUCAGAGCCAGAACAUGUGUUUGAUAACACAUUAUGUUGUAUAUAUCUAAAUGAUUUCAUAAUGAUUUGAAAAGUCACAAAAGCCACACAGCAAAGCUUGUAAUUCUUCUAGUCAUGAAAAAUAAGAGCCUCUUUUGUGAGUUGAACUUUUUAGUCGUAGAGUUAUGGAGGGUCAUGGUUUAGUGUAACUGGUUGUCAUUUAUGUAAUAAACCACAUGGUUGAUUACGAUGUUGUAGAUAAGCAUAGUAGACUUUGCUCUGUAUUAAUGGCCUGCAAGGAAACAGGGAAGUCUUUAAUCUUGGUAAGGUUUCAUUCAUCCCAAAGCACACUGCAGAGUGAACAAUACUGGAAAAGCAGAUGCAGAGGUAAGGCCUAAGUGAAUAUGUAUUUUCUGAAAAAUCAGGGGAGUCCUUUCUUUAAAAUGUGACAUAAAUGUAAUUUUAUACUAUGGCUAUGUCAUUUUGGUAGCUACAUUUUCAUGCCCCAGUAAGAAAUCAAACAUUCGCUUAAAUUGGCAACCAGGAUAAUUUCCCUAAAUCUUAAAUUGAAAAUUAAAAUUUCUGCUUAUUUGCUGUUAGUUUUUUUAUAUUAUUGUGAAUAAGUCAAUUCAUUUUCCUUUUCCAGGCAUUAUGAAAAACCUCUGUUUCAGAGUCAUUACCAUAGUUAUAGGUCUUUAUUUUACUAGAAUAAUGACAAAUGCAUCAAGAAAAAGUAAUAUUUUAUUCAAUUCUGAAUGCCAAUGGAAUGAAUAUGUUCUGACAAAUUGUUCUUUUACCGGAAAGCAUGAUAUACCUGUGGACAUACCACAAACAGCAGCCACUGUGGAUGUAAGUUUCAGUUUCUUUAGAGUUAUCUUACAGUUUCACAUGAAAAAAGAAGAGUGGAAAAUAAAACAUCUGGACCUCAGUAACAAUCUCAUAUCAAAAAUAACCUUAAGCCCUUUUGCAUACUUACAUGCUUUGGAAGUGUUAAACCUCAGCAACAAUGCCAUCCACUCCCUCUCCUUGGAUCUACUCAGUCCUAAGUCCUCAUGGGUGAAACGCCACAGAAGCAGCUUCAGAAAUAGGUUUCCAUUGCUGAAGGUGCUCAUUCUUCAAAGAAAUAAACUCAGUGACACUCCCAAGGGACUGUGGAAACUGAAGUCAUUGCAGAGUUUGGAUCUGUCAUUCGAUGGGAUAUUGCAAAUAAGGUGGUCUGAUUUUCACAACUGCCUGCAACUGGAGAAUCUCUAUUUAAAGAGAACCAAGAUAUUCAAAAUUCACCCACAAGCCUUCAAGGACCUCAAAAAAUUACAGGUCAUAGACCUCAGCAACAAUGAUCUGUCCACCAUCCUACCAAUGAUGAUCAUAGCUUUAGAAUUUCCCCAUCUAGUGGUUGACUUGGCUGAUAAUCACUGGCAGUGUGAUGAUAGUGUGACAGUCUUUCAAAAUUUUAUUUCUGAAUCCUGGAGGAAAACAUGGAAUGUCAUUUGCAACAGGUGUAUAGGGAGUGAGGAGGCCAAUGGGGGUACUCCCCAGAGCAGGAUUUCCAGGGAAACCAGCCUUCCUCCCAUUCAUCUGCAUCCCGUGAAAAGCCUCAUAAGGAGCAAAGCAGAGAGGCCUCAGGGAGGAAGGCGCAUGGGUGUUUCCAUUCUGGGGAAGAAAGCAAGGACCAGCUCUGGUCUCAGGGAGAAGCAGAGAUGGCUGCCAAGGAGUGUUAGAAGCACCCGCGAUGUGCAGGCUGCCAGCAGAAAGGAGGACGCUUCCCAGGACCUGGCUCUGGCAGUGUGCCUGUCAGUGUUCAUCACAUUCCUUGUCGCCUUCUGCCUGGGGGCUUUCACAAGGCCUUAUGUUGACAGACUGUGGCAACAAAAGUGCCAGAACAAAAGCCCUGGCCUGGACAACGCGUGUUCAAACGAGGGCUUUUACGAUGACAUCCAAGCUGUGGGGCACACACCAUACCCAGAGUCCCAUCUGCGCCAAGCAUUUCCUCAUCUAAGCCUCUACAAGAACCAGACCCCUUUCUGGGCGACACAGCCACACUCACAUGCCACCAUAAUUCCUGAUAGAACUCUGGGAAGCAGCAGGAAGGAUCCUGGCAGUCCGCAGAGCUCAGGACAGUGCGGGGACAACACCGGGACAGGAAGUGGAAAUGAUAGUGCAGUCUAUUCCAUUCUCCAGAGACACCCACAUGCUGGUAACCAUGAACUAAUGUCAGCAACACAGGAUCACAUCCAUAGGAAUGAUGUUCUUGGAGAACGGACUUAUGAAACUGUGGCCCAGGAAGAGUCUCUCAGUGCACAUUCAGUGGGCGUCUCUUCUGUAGCUGGCAUGUCUCGUGCUAUCUCUGGCUCCUCUCACGCUGUCUCUGGCUCAAGCUGUUAUGAUUCCAAUGAAUUAGACUUGUCCCUCUCCGGAGAAAUGACAGCUUCCCUCUGUAAAAUGCUAACACAUGCAGAAGCACAGAGGAUUGGAGACAGUAAGGAAAGAGGGGGCACUGAACAGUCACUUUGGGACUUGCAGAUGGAAUUUUCUAAGGAAAGGCAAGUGAGUUCGUCCAUUGAUUUGCUGAGCAUACAGCAGCCAAGGCUCUCGGGGGCAAGUGCUGAGGGAGCACUUUCAGCCCACUACAGCGAGGUUCCACACGGUGACCCAAGAGACACAGACCCAUCAGUCUUUCCUCCAAGAUGGGAUGGUGGCCUGGAUAUCACUCCUGCUAACAAGGAACCAGUGCAGAAAUCCACUCUUUCUGACACUUGCUGUGAGUUGGAGAGUGACUGUGACUCUGAUGAGGGGUCUCUGUUCACUCUGAGCUCCAUAAGUUCAGAAGGUGCGAGGAGCAAGACUGAAGAAGCAGCACCUGACGAGGAGCCCCUGCAGGACGAGAGCUCAGGGGCAAGCAAGGACAAUGUGAUGGCUAUAGACAGUCUUGAGGACAAUGUCACCUUCCAAACAAUUCCAGGGAAAUGCAAGAAUCAGGAAGAUCACUUUGAAAAACCUCUCAUUUCCACUCCAGACUCUGGUGUGUACAAGACUCAUCUGGAAAAUGCCUCUGACACUGACAGAUCUGAGGGCCCAUCACCCUGGCCCAGGUCACUGGGGAAUAGUCCCUUAGGGGAUAAGAUUCCGGGCAUGUUUACUUAUAAUUAUGACACAGCUUUUCAAUCCAAGGCAGCAGAAUGGCAUUGCUCACUUAGAGACUUAGAAUUUUCUAAUGUGGAUGUUUUACAACAAACACCACCAUGUUCUGCUGAAGUUCCGUCAGAUCCUGAUAAGGCUGCCUUCCAUGAAAGAGACUCAGACAUUUUAAAAUAAGAAAUUUUCAUUAAGGAAAUAUUCACAGCUCUAAACAAUAUUCCUUUAAUGAUCAUGGCAGGGGAAAACUAAAACCUUCACAACAAGAUCCUGAAGGAGACAACAUGAAUUCCAACCAGGUGGACACUGAUGCAAAUGAGGGUUUUGUGGGCCCACUUGAAGAGGAUGAUUCUAGAAGGGUUAUAAGCUAAAUACACUUGUUAACAUCCUGUGGGGAUGAACCUGCUCUUCAGUGUGAAAGAGAAAGAGGGGAAUAUUUUGAGAUCAUUCCAAGAACCAUGCACCAUUAUUACAAGAGCUCCCAAACGAAACCAGUUCACUAAGAACACAGGAGCACUUCAUCAAUAGGUUGGGAUAAAUAUUCAGAAGAUAAUCUGUUGCAGUUAGACAAAAUGAUUCUAACUUUCCUUCUUAAAUAUAGACCCGGAGCAAUCUGAUGGGAUUUGGCUCUCUGAAAAGAACAGCUUUAGGAUGACAAAGACAAGGAUGUUCAACUUUAUCAUCAAAGAGAAUUCAAGUGACAUUUUUUCAUACAUAUUGAAGCACUUAAGUGGAAAUGCUGGAUAGAUUUUAAUGAAUUCUGAACACACACUAGCACAACUUUUUGGAAGCUGAUCAUGAAACUGCAAAAUUGAGAAAAUUCUGAGUAAUUAUAAAUGUUUUUAAAUAAGUUAUGUUAAAAGAGAAGUGGGACCACUUUUUAGAACAAAGUGUAAAUUAAAAAAUCAAUUUUCAAGAAAA